UUUGGUGUUUUUGGCCGCGCAACCGAAUGCCGAAUCUGGUCAGACGGAAAGCGAAGUUUGAACGAAACGGACGCGCAGCUGACGCAUUAAAAUUAAAGAAAACUAUCCCCCGUUUUGUUUUUUUUUUGCCGGCAUUUUGGCAGCAGUGUGGAAUAAACCAAAUAAAAAACUAUACUUAAAUAAAAAAAAAAUAACAAAUUAAGCAAAUAAAACCGAAAAGGAAAACCGGUUGCAAGUCAAAAUCAAGUGACUAAAUAAAACACGUCAUUUUCCCAACAAUAUCUCUAGACAGCAACAGACUGUUAAUAAAAAACUUCAAUUUGAUCCGCUCAUGCACGAUUGCUCGAUCAAAUAAAAGAAGUAAUUUUUUUAGGAGAACACUAACGACUCCGAAAGUAAAGAAAAAUUAAGAGACGAGAGCCCAUUAUGCGACUUGUGGUGGAAGCUAGUCGCGAACAACUGCUCCUCAAUCUAAAUUAUAAUUAAGAUUAAAUAAAAGAGAUUGGUAAAGUAAAGGAGGAAAUAGGAGCUAGAAGUUGUCCUCCUAUUCAAAUAAAAUAAGAGAAGCUCGGUGGAUCCGCGACGGUGGAUUUGGCGCGUCUAUUACCACCGCAAGAUAACUUUUUUACUUUGAGGCAAGCAAGUUUUGGGCUCAAGGACGUCACCGGAGCAGCGGUAUCGGUAUCGGAUUGAAGGAGUAAGAGGAGCAGACGGAGCAAGAGGUGUAGGACAGAAGGAGCAUGUCGGAGCGCAGGAGUCACAUACAGAUGGCGCCACCGCCGCCGCCCCCCAAGCCAAACAAAUCGCAAUCGCAGACGACAGCCAAUGGAAACGGAAAUGCCAAUGGAAACGGAAUCCUGCCGAACGGCAAUAAUAGCUACAACGGCAGUAAAAGUGUCGCAGUCCCCGGACCCGGACUAGAUAGACAGCAACAGCAACAGCUACAGAAACAGGAUACCCCGAAUCCGAAUCAGAAGUCGAGCACCGUUUCAAGGAGCCAGACGCCACCACGGACAGAGCAGGUUGUGAUGACUCCGCGUGGCAAGACCGCAAAUAGUACGGUUAUUCUCAUCGAACGGAAGUUGGUCGAUGAGAUCAAUGAUCGGGUCCAUGUGGCUGGCGGUGAUCACACCGGUAUCAUUAUCAACAAGGACACCGUUGCUGGCCAGAAGAGUGCCAGCAAAGCGGCCGCCUUAUCCUUGGAGUUCCGGGUCUUUUUGGUCAGCGCCAAUACGGGCAAGCAUUCCCAGGAGUCGAGGACAUUGCGUUUCUGGUUCCGUGAUUGGCUGACCAAUGACGAGAAGCAGGCUCACAUUGCCCAGGACUUCUUCAAGGAGCUAGUUAGUCCACAGGACUUUCCAAGAGAUUAUGUUGGUUUCAUUAAGAAGAUAAUGAAACUCCUUCAGCAUGGCUAUUCGGAGAUCCAAUCCAUUGAAAUUGAGCUGCGAAUUUUGGAAGAAACCUCGGCACCUCCAUCGCGACCACCCCGGGAUGGUUACAUCAUUUAUUGUUAUGGCGAUUGCAACCGGAAGUACGAGGAGGCGCUGCUCGCGCAGCGGAAGACAGUUUCACUGGAGGAAUCGCAGUUUGAAUCUCCACCCUUGACCCAGGAAAAAGUGCUGGAGUUAAUUGAACAGGCCUAUCCCAAUCCCGUAUCGCCCGAAGAUCUGGCCAAGGACUAUGGUUGGACUGAACAGGAUGUCCUGCUGGUGAUUCAGUCCCUGCAGGAACGCGGCCUCAUCAAGCUGAUGGAGUACAAUGCCUACACCCGCAUCCACCACGAGGACAAGGAGAUCAAGGUCGUCAAGCAAAUGCCAACAAUCGCCUCCAACAAGCAGCCCACCAUCGCCAUCAUUACGGCUCAGUAUUGCGAAAAACUCGCCGUUGAUGCCAUGCUGGAAAAUAAGGAAACAUUUGUCCGAUACACCACAGUCGAUUCCGAUCCCACUCUAACGAACUCACUCAGAAAGUCCAAAAAGAAACGAAGAUUUGGCGAAUCGAAUGUGUAUACCCUGGGAAAUAUCGGGGCGCACAGGAUCGUGAGCACCAAGCUUCCAUCGGUGGGCAGCACCAGGGAGGCGAUGACGGCGACGGGAAACACCACUACCCGGCUAUUGGGCACAUUCCAGAAGGUGGACUUUGUCUUUAUUGUGGGCGUGGCCGGAGGCGUGCCCCACUAUACGGAUUACAAGAAGCACGUACGAUUGGGCGAUGUUGUGAUCUCGUAUGUAGACAAGCAAAGGGCAUUGAUUAGCAACAGCAAGGAGAAGCCUUACGUUUAUUUGUACAAGAGCGGCGAGGAUGUGAAGACCUAUUUCCCGAUCAACGACUCCCUGCAGCAGAUCGCCGAGAGCCUGCAGGCCAAUAUGCAGGUGAAGCGGCCCUGGGAGAACUAUCUCAGCCAGGCCCAGAAGACCCUCGCCCAGAAGACCGAGAGCGACUUCAAUCGGCCGGACAGCAAAACGGACAAGCUCUUCAUGAACAUUGGCAACAACGAGGUGAUCGAGGUGGCCCAUCCCAUCGCCGCCGACGAAGUGGACGGUGUGCCGCGUCUGCGCCUCCAUCUGGGACCUAUCGGCUCUGGACGGGAUCUGGUGAGGAGCGAUGAUCUGCGCACGCAAUUCGCCAGGAAGUACGGCCUGCUGGCCACCGACGUGGAGAUGAGCUCCGUGCUGGACAGCAUCAUUGGCAACUGCCGGGAGAGCUUCAUCCUGGUGAAGGGUAUUGCCGAUUACAAGGACGGUACCUCGACAAGGAAGUGGCAGAAUUUCGCGGCCCUUUCGGCGGCGUCGGUCGUCAAGUCCGUGAUCUGCGGCAUGGAUGCGCCGACGAACGUUUAAGGGGGGCCUGCAUUUGGAUACCGUAUCCACCGAUUCCCUCAUUCCUCAGCCCGUAAUCCUCUAGCGUUUUAAUUGAUUUUAACAAAGUCUAAUUUUUUUAUCUAUUUUUUUUUGUAUUCCUCUAAGAAUCGGGCAUGGAAGGGAAAGUGGUGGGGGAUUGUUUAAGUAAAAAACCAAAAUGUGCAUAGAUUGCAUUAUAUAUUGUAUGUUCGCGUAAUAUUGUAUUAAAUAAUUUCUUGUUAUUUAUUUUGUUAUAACUUUUGUACUACAAACAAUCUAAUUUACACACACAAACACACACACACACAACGUAUAUAAAACACAUAUAUACAACCGUAAAUAAAUAAAUAAAUCAAGCAACUAAGUUUGCAAAUAGAAA